AUGACUUUCAAAAUCAAAAACAACAACAGUUCCACCAUACGAGGUUCUCAUCAGCUCAAACUGCUCCUGGUUGCUCGGGGCGACCAGCCAUCACUGGUUGCUCAGGGCGACGGGGUUCCAGGGUUGUCUCCGGGGAGCUCCGUCUUUGUCCUUCCUCUCCAGAGGCUUCAGGUGAGACGACAGGACCAGGUCCCUGACAGAGACAGACACAGGACCACAGGACUGAUCUGGAAGAGUUUCCAGGACCUGGAGUUACCUGAACUGGCUGUAGGUCUGACCUUGGAGAGUUUCCAGGACCUGGAGUUACCUGAACUGGCUGUAGGACUGAUCUGGAAGAGUUUCCAGGACCUGGAGUUACCUGAACUGGCUGUAGGACUGACCUUGGAGAGUUUCCAGGACCUGGAGUUACCUGAACUGGCUGUAGGACUGAUCUGGAAGGGUUUCCAGGACCUGGAGUUACCUGAACUGGCUCUAGGUCUGACCUUGAAGAGUUUCCAGGACCUGGAGUUACCUGAACUGGCUGUAGGACUGAUCUGGAAGAGUUUCCAGGACCUGGAGUUACCUGAACUGGCUGUAGGACUGAUCUGGAAGAGUUUCCAGGACCUGGAGUUACCUGAACUGGCUCUAGGUCUGACCUUGAAGAGUUUCCAGGACCUGGAGUUACCUGAACUGGCUGUAGGACUGAUCUGGAAGAGUUUCCAGGACCUGGAGUUACCUGAACUGGCUGUAGGACUGAUCUGGAAGAGUUUCCAGGACCUGGAGUUACCUGAACUGGCUGUAGGUCUGAUCUGGAAGAGUUUCCAGGACCUGGAGUUACCUGAACUGGCUGUAGGACUGAUCUGGAAGAGUUUCCAGGACCUGGAGUUACCUGAACUGGCUGUAGGUCUGACCUUGGAGAGUUUCCAGGACCUGGAGUUACCUGAACUGGCUGUAGGACUGAUCUGGAAGAGUUUCCAGGACCUGGAGUUACCCGAAUUGGCUGUAGGACUGACCUUGGAGAGUUUCCAGGACCUGGAGUUACCUGAACUGGCUGUAGGACUGAUCUGGAAGGGUUUCCAGGACCUGGAGUUACCUGAACUGGCUGUAGGACUGACCUUGGAGAGUUUCCAGGACCUGGAGUUACCUGAACUGGCUGUAGGACUGACCUUGGAGAGUUUCCAGGACCUGGAGUUACCUGAACUGGCUGUAGGACUGAUCUGGAAGAGUUUCCAGGACCUGGAGUUACCUGAACUGGCUGUAGGACUGAUCUGGAAGAGUUUCCAGGACCUGGAGUUACCUGAACUGGCUGUAGGUCUGAUCUGGAAGAGUUUCCAGGACCUGGAGUUACCUGAACUGGCUGUAGGUCUGAUCUGGAAGAGUUUCCAGGACCUGGAGUUACCUGAACUGGCUGUAGGACUGAUCUGGAAGAGUUUCCAGGACCUGGAGUUACCUGAACUGGCUGUAGGACUGAUCUGGAAGAGUUUCCAGGACCUGGAGUUACCUGAACUGGCUAUAGGACUGAUCUGGAAGAGUUUCCAGGACCUGGAGUUACCUGAACUGGCUGUAGGACUGAUCUGGAAGAGUUUCCAGGACCUGGAGUUACCUGAACUGGCUGUAGGACUGAUCUGGAAGAGUUUCCAGGACCUGGAGUUACCUGAACUGGCUGUAGGACUGAUCUGGAAGAGUUUCCAGGACCUGGAGUUACCUGAAUUGGCUGUAGGACUGACCUUGGAGAGUUUCCAGGACCUGGAGUUACCUGAACUGGCUGUAGGACUGAUCUGGAAGGGUUUCCAGGACCUGGAGUUACCUGAACUGGCUGUAGGACUGACCUUGGAGAGUUUCCAGGACCUGGAGUUACCUGAACUGGCUGUAGGACUGACCUUGGAGAGUUUCCAGGACCUGGAGUUACCUGAACUGGCUGUAGGACUGAUCUGGAAGAGUUUCCAGGACCUGGAGUUACCUGAACUGGCUGUAGGACUGACCUUGGAGAGUUUCCAGGACCUGGAGUUACCUGAACUGGCUGUAGGACUGAUCUGGAAGAGUUUCCAGGACCUGGAGUUACCUGAACUGGCUGUAGGUGACUCUCUGGCCGACCGCCCUCAGUUUGGCCUCGUUCUCUCUCUCGUAUCUCCGCUCAGACUCGAUCGCCCCCUGAAGCUCUCUCUCCAGGGCAGAGAAAUCAAUGACAUCAUCACGCCUCGCCAUCACCUGAUGAUGUCACACAGGUGUGUUCAGGUGAGUUCAGGCUCCUCGCGGGUUAUAAACGACAAACCGUCUCUAUGA